AGUUUGUUUGUUUACUCACUUCAGCCUCUUGUAGACAACAGUUGCGUUGGAGAGUAGAAGACCAAAAACAACGAAUAAUGAAAUAAUAUUAUUUUGCGACGGGAACCCGGUCGCCAAUUGAGAAUUUCGAGCGAACUCUCUCAGGUCUCUAUUUGGAGCACGCACUGGCUGACGUAGGUGAGCAGAGCGCGCUUCCUACUCCCUUGAGAAAGGAAAGCGUGAACGCGCAUCCAUCCUCCUCGCUGCAACAGUAAAUGCGGGCAGACGCCUGACUGAGUGCGGCGGUUCUUUCCCGAAAGCUCGGAUGCCAGUGCACGGAGGGGUCUGCCGAAACAAACACGCACACAGAUCCAAGCGGAGCCGAAUCGGAGAGAAGACCGAUGCAUAUUCAAACGGACACUCAGGUGUAAGUGAUGCUACUACAAGUUAAAGUCCUGGAAGUAAAACCGCAGCAGACUGGGAAUAAACGGAUAGGAGAUCGCCGUUCCUCGUUGCAGAGCGCACUCACAUCAUUUGGAAUACCGAGACGCAGCGUGGAAUUACUUGAGCCCUCAAUUUCUGAACUGAAGUCAAGCCAUUUUCUAUAGCACAUUUUCAUUUUUGUUGGAUUUAUUUAAUUUACCCCCUUUUUGUUAUUUUUAAUUUUCUACUGUUGUGUUUGAUUAGGCUUUUUAACCUCCUUAUAUUCUAAUGUUGAGCAUCUACCCCUUUCAUUUUUUUAUUUUCUCAUCUUCUGAAAAUAGCCUGGGUUCGUCUUUGCGAGGGUAGAUUGUAGCGAAAUACACUCGAUCUCUCAAACUGAGUCGUGUCAUGGAUGGCAAAUUUCAUUUGCAUCUACGGAUCAAAUCGAGGAAUAUAGAAUAACUACUGCUGACAGAGACAAGGACAAAUGACAUAGGAUGAACACUGCUGGUCAUCUCUGUCUGUCUGUGCUGUUGUACCUUUUUGCACUGGCCUGGGCCGUGGAGCCACUGGGUCAGCCUGCCCCCUGCUCCUCUCUGGUGGCCGGGGUCUUGUACGGCUCCUUCUCGCUCAGGGACCUCUUUCCCAGCCCGUCGGCUCUGGCAUCCGGUUGCUCCUGGACUGUGGAGAACCCUGACCCCACCAAGUACUCUCUCUAUUUCCGUUUCAAUCGCCAUGCCGGCGCCUGUUUAGCUUUUUCCCCUCUAGUGCUGCCCCUGGACCACUACCUCUCGAAUCAGACUUGUGGCCCUCCGGAUCAGCCCUAUCCUUCGGACCCUGAAGCCGUUGAACUCUGCACGGUCCCCGGACCACACACCUUCCUGCAGUUUGAUAAGAACUUUGUGCAGUUGUGCCUGACCGCUCACCCCAGCCCGGAUAACAACGGCGAUGACGCUUCCGAGGGUCAGGCCCCUUUGUCAGCGGAAACCCUCGACUUUCGGCUCGUAGAGGUUUUGCUCAUCAACAACGAGAACUCAAGUCAGUUUACGUGUGGAGUCCUGUGCCGAUGGUUCGAGGAAUGUUUGCACGUCGGCUCGGGAUGGGAGACGGAGAGCUGCAGUAUAACGCAAACGGGUUGCGUGUGCCCGAACGCUGCACCUCCGGUCUCGCUUCGGCCCACCACACCCCACAACAACUCUUUGGAUCCCAGCGCUAGUGUGUUGCAAUCACCACCCGACGACUGUUGCGUCACACAGCUGCAUUCAAAGAACGGCAUCGCUAUAGCGCCAAGGGAUGUCCGGCAAGAACCUGACGAUGAUGAGCAGAAGGUGAAGACGCAGAGGCCACGGUCAGCUGACCAGCCAGGUGUGUUCCAGGCUCAAACAGGUGACCCAGCAGCAGAGGAAUGGUCUCAGUGGAGUGUGUGUUCGCUGACAUGUGGGCAGGGUUGGCAGGUUCGUUCUCGUUCGUGUGUAUCCUCACCGUACGGGACCCUCUGCAGCGGCCCGCUGAGAGAGACCCGACUGUGUAACAAUACUGCCACCUGCCCAGGUGAGCCGCAGAAUCAAGCAGUGCAUGGGCUGUGGGAGGAGUGGUCUUCAUGGAGCCUGUGCUCAGUCACGUGCGGCCGUGGCUCUCGGACCCGGAGCAGGAUCUGUAUGGUACCCCAGCAUGGAAGCAAGGGCUGUGGAGGGCCUGAGGUGCAAAGCAAACUCUGCAAUAUAGCUUUAUGCCCUGUAGAGGGGCAGUGGUUGGACUGGGCGACCUGGUCUCAGUGCUCUAUUACCUGUGGUUCCGGCACUCAACAGAGACAGCGGCGAUGCAGUGUGUCGGUACACGGCUGGGCAGAGUGCAAAGGACCGCAUGCGGAAACUCGUGAGUGCACGAACCCAUCUUGUGGAGGUGGAGGUAACUGGGGAGCUUGGAAUCACUGGAGUCUUUGCUCCAAAACCUGCGAUUCCGGUUGGCAGCGGCGGUUCCGGAUGUGCGAGGCCACAGGAAUCCAAGGUUACCCUUGCGAUGGCUCCGGAGAAGAAGUGCGUGCCUGCAAUGACAAGAAGUGCCCAGCGCCUCAUGAAAUCUGUAAAGAUGAAUACCAAGAAUCCACGACAUGGAAGAGAGCCUCAGCUGGAGAGACUAUAUAUAACAAAUGUCCAUCAAAUGCCACUGGAUCUGCUAGUCGUCGAUGUUUGCUGGACGUUAAUGGAGUUGCUUACUGGGGUCCUCCGAGCUUCGCCCGAUGUGUCUCACUUGAAUAUAGAUAUUUACAUUUAUCUUUGCGAGAACAUCUUGCGAAGGGUCAGAGGACCCUGGCAGGGGAGGGCAUGUCUCAGAUCGUGAGGAGUCUCCUGGAGUUAAUGUCCCGUAAGAAUUAUUAUAGCGGCGACCUCUUAUUCUCCGUGGAGAUUCUCCGAAAUGUGACGGACACCUUCAAGCGAGCAACCUACAUCCCAGCUCCUGACGACGUGCAGAAAUUCUUCCAGAUUGUCAGCUUAAUGUUGGACAUUGAAAACCUUGAGAAGUGGGAAGACGCUCAUCAGGUCUCUCCAGGUGCUGUGUUGCUGAUGCGAGUCAUCGAAGACUUCAUUCAUCUAAUUGGAGAGGCUCAGAAACCGUUCCAAAGCUUUCUGGUUGUCACCAACAACCUCAUUAUCACUAUCCAGAGAGAGCCGGUUUCGGCUGUUUCCAGCGACAUCAACUUCCCUAUGAAGGGUAGGAGAGGGAUGAAAGACUGGGCACGAUCCGCAGAUGACAAACUCUUCAUCCCCAAAGAAAUGUUCACCCUGUCUUCAGAUGAAUCAGAUGACACGCCAUACUUUGUCAUUGGAGCGAUCCUGUAUCGCACCCUAGGCCUCAUAAUGCCUCCACCCAAAGAUCCGUUUGUGAUCACCUCAAAGAUUCUGACAGUGACGGUGCGCCCCUUACCCAAACCCACCGAGCCGCUGGUAUCAGUGGAACUUGCCCCUUUGCUGAACGGCACUGUUGAUCCUCAGUGUGUCGUCUGGGACUACGGAAACCCAGAGGCUGACGAGGAAAACUGGGACGCAGAGAGUUGCCAAACGCUCCCGUCGCCGGCAGUCUCCCACACUAAAUGCCUGUGCAGCAAGCUGUCUACCUUCGCAGUUUUAGCGCAGAAAGCUAAAGAACCGGGCAUGGGACCCUCCAGUAUGCCGUCUGUGCCCCUCAUGGUGGGCUGUGGCAUAUCCUGCACGGCUCUACUCAUUCUGCUGCUCAUCUACGCUGCCUUUUGGAGAUACAUCCGUUCCGAAAGAUCCAUCAUCUUGGUGAACUUCUGCAUGUCCAUACUGGCCUCAAAUGUGCUUAUACUGGUAGGACAGUCCCAAACUCUCAGUAAGGGGCUGUGCACUGUGACUGCUGCCUUUUUGCACUUCUUCUUUCUCGCCUCUUUCUGCUGGGUACUGACGGAAGCGUGGCAAUCCUACCUGGCCGUGAUUGGCAAGAUGAGGUCCCGCCUGAUUCGCAAGCGUUUCCUAUGCCUGGGCUGGGGUCUGCCUGCCCUUGUGGUUGCUGUGUCCGUGGGCUUCACCCGGGCUAGAGGUUACGGCACGCCGAAUUACUGCUGGUUGUCUCUGGAAGGUGGGCUGCUCUAUGCAUUCGUUGGGCCUGCUGCCGUCAUUGUACUGGUCAACAUGCUAAUUGGAAUAGUGGUUUUCAACAAGCUCAUGUCUAGAGAUGGCAUUUCAGACAAGUCCAAAAAGCAAAGAGCAGGCCCGCCGCUGGAAGCACGUAGCAAGAUGCUCCUGAAAUGCUCCAAGUGUGGGGUGAUCUCCAGUACCGCCCUGUCCAGCUCUACCGCCAGCAGCGCCAUGGCGUCUUUAUGGAGCUCUUGUGUGGUUCUCCCCCUGUUGGCUCUUACGUGGAUGUCAGCAGUGCUGGCCAUCACAGACCGUCGCUCCACCCUGUUUCAGGUUCUCUUCGCCGUCUUUGACUCAGUCCAAGGCUUUGUUAUCAUCACCGUGCACUGCGCCAUGCGUCGAGAGGUGCAGGAUGCAGUGCGCUGCAGGAUGGGUGGCUGCAAAGAUGACAGUGAAAACUCUCCAGACUCCUGCAAGAACGGCCAGGUGCAGAUCAUGACGGACUUUGAAAAAGAUGUGGAUUUGGCCUGUCAAACGGAGAGAGGACACCCAUUCAUCUUUAAAGAGGUGAAUACCUGUAAUCCCGCUACCAUAACUGGCACCCUUUCCCGUAUUUCCCUGGAUGAUGAGGAUGACCCCAAAUUGGCGGCCCACCAGGAAGGAGUCAACUUCAGCAGCCUGCCAGGCAACAUCCCUCCGCCUAACCUGUUGGUGCAGGUGCCUCCGCUGGGUCCCCUGAACGAGCUCAGCGAGCAGCCGCUGAAAAAGGACAUCAACGUGGAGCAACAAGGUCAACACCAGCGAUCUGGACCCAUCUACUUGUGUACUGAGAGUGGGCUGGGCUGGGCCCGACCGAACCCUCCUACCACCCAAGAUUCAGCUGGUGGCGGGGAAGGGGACUACAUGGUUCUGCCACGUCGGACAGUUAGUCUCAAACCCCCUCCUCCACCUCAGGAUGAGGGCAAGCCCCUGAACAUAACACUGGAAGAGCCACCCUUUCCCCCACCCCCCUCACCCAUGACUCUACAUCCAGCCGAGAGCGAGGCAUACCCAGCAGACUUUGCAACCGUGGACCACAUCAGCAUGAACCUAAACCGCUCCUACGGCACGCUGAAACAGCUGCCGGCACACGCCGGACACACACACUCCCACACCAACGCUCAUACCCUGCAGGUCAAGCAGAAUCGACCCUCUGUCCGACAGAUCCUCACGUCAGGAACGGUGGAGCGUACCAGAACCCUUCCACGCAACCUGGGCAGCUCCAACACCAACGUCUCAGCUGGAUCUUUGGAAGUGCUCGAGGAUGUGCUGUUGAUUGAUGGUGUCUUCUCUCCCCCCUCCCCCUUCCCCCAGAGGAAAAGGGUUCGGUACUCUGAGCUGGACUUUGAGAAAGUGAUGCACACUCGCAAAAGACACUCAGAGCUGUACCAUGAACUCAACCACUCCACCAAGUUCCACACCAUAGACAGGUAUAACAGGGACCCUGCCAUGUCCUCCUUUAAGGACAAAUCCACCACAGACGACCAACGAUCUUGGGACAGCUUUAAGACCAUGAUCCCCGAGCAGUCCUGUGGCAGCAGUGAACACAAGGACAGGCUGGAGUUACUCAGUAAAGCCUGGGACACUUCCUCCGCCAUCACACCCGACACAUCCGAAGGAGACUUCCAGACUGAAGUGUGAACAAACAUCGUCCGCAAACUGAGUGAAAACGAAACUCUCUUACAUACACUGUCGGUGAUCUUCAGCAGGACGUGCUCUUAAGGAAUCUGUACUUGUUUACAGGUGUGAGGACAGAUCACAGAAGAAGCUCUAUUCUAUAUUUUCACACAGAGACAUUAAAUGAACGCGUGGGGCUGGAAGUGUAUGGUAAAACAUUUUUAACAAACUGUUUCUGAAAUGUCUUGAUUUUAUUCCAGAAAAGAUUCUCUUUCACCUGUUUGAUGAUUUGGGACUUAAAAAAAAGAGUAAUAUUUCUGCACCCUUCUUUUUAUAGCGGAACAAAAAAAAUCGGUACUGAUGAUUCGCACACUGUUGAACCCCUUAGGGUUUUUCCUCUUUUCGUUCCUUGGAUGAUUCUGGUUUCGUUUUCUUUUCUGUUUCUUUAUUUUUCAGGGAGAGAGAGAGAGGAAGUCUUGAAAGCGUUCAUUAAUAUGUGCCAUCCUUUGCUUUUCAUCCCUGCAUCAGGCGUACUGUACUCACAACCUCAUUCUUUUAGCUUUGAGUUACGUUUUUCUAUAUUUUAAUUUUGAGUCUUUGUCUGAUCUUGGAUUGUUUUCUAAAAAAAAAAAAUACUGCAUAAAAAACAAAUUACUUCAACUUCAGGUAUCAUGUUUUGUUGGGUGCACUGGUAAAGGAUUUAGGCCUUUAUAUUUUCAUACUGCUGUGACUAUGUUUUAUUUACGUUUUCCAAAUGUUGGACAGGAAAAUGUUAACAUCAAAUUUGCAACUGCCGUUCAUGCACACUAGGAACACAGUUUUCAUCCCUUGCUGUAUGCAUUUAGUCCACAAAACAACAAGAGAAAUCAAAAUCCUUUUCCCUGUUUUUUUCCCACUGUUUUCCAGCAGCUUCAGUGUUCCAGAAACGCUUUACCCAUUAAGACACACCUUAUGUCUGAGAACUAAAUUUAAAGAAGUGUUGGUUGUAACCAUUGCUUUUUCAUGUUGAUCAUCCAACACAAAGCUCUGCUUUGAGAGAUGGUGCUAGAUUUCCAUGUUUAAGCUCUCUCUCCGUUUUUGUGUUCAUGCAAAAGAAGCGGUUUGUGUUGUUUUCAUUUGAAUCCCAUGCUCUGUUCCAAAACCUAAUGAGCUGCCUACGGAAGAAGCGUUUUAAGGCAUCAUAAGCUCGCUCCUGACAUGGAGGCUGUUCUAAAAGGCUGGCAACUUAAUUAUGCUGCCUUUUAAGGUACCUUGUUUUUCCCACAUUCAUACCUGUUUAUACCAAGAACGUUAACUAUAGAGAUAACCAUAGUAGCGUAAGUAUGUUGUGCUUAUUCUACUCUUAAAUGUUACAGUUUCACAUUUUAAGUGCGAGAGCCCUUUGAAAUUCAAAUAGAUUUUGAUUGGCUGUCGAUGUUUUAUCGCUCAUCAGCUGGAAAAUCUCUUUAAGAAGGCAUCCCAACUUCGCUAUUCUCGAUGGCGAUUUUUAGUUAUAUUAGUCAUUCUGUGUGUGAAUGCCCUAAAGUCACCAUGACUUUUUUUAUGGAAUAUUACAGUGUUUAUUAUAAAUUAUUUAUCUGUGUGGAUCUUUUUUUAUUCACAUGCUCUCAUAAUUUUUAGUUGAAAUCUGUACUUUCGCUCUAGAGUGACGAUCUUUCUCUGAUGUCAUCAAUUAAUAUCAAUUAACCCCUCCUCUUCAACUGUCAGUCAUGUCGACAUGUUUUUCCAUGACUUUAACUUAUUAAAAUCAUUUAACCACUUUCAACUUCAUUUUACAAGUUAUAUGAAAUGCAACUAGAUUUUCAAGUCCGUUUAAUAUUAUUUAAAUCAAGUGAACUAACCCUCAACCUCUGUUUUUCUAAUUAGAUUUCACUUUGAAAUGCGUCACUAUGAAUUAAAGUCAAUCAUGACUUUCCAUUUUCAAGGACUUUGAAGCAGUAUUGCAUGUAUUUUUUUUGCGAAGAAGGCAAUCCCACAAUGACAACAAAUCCUAGAAAGCCAUUCAAUACUAAAAAAAACAACAACAGUUAAAAGGAACUUUUUCACCCAAUGUGCUCUGUCUUGCUUGAUUAUUUCAGCAUUAGCUUAGCAAGUAAAGCAAUAAUUGUAUGGCUUGCAGCCUAUCUAGAGCGUUGCAAAUAAUCCCCAUCUGACUUAAAAGACAGCUGUCUAUGCAGACAGCUCGCUAGGUUUUGCAACAGAGCUCCAGUGUUUAUUUUCAAUGUGUAACCCCAGUCAGCUCGAAUUGAUUCUGAUUUAUUUCUGCACUCUUGACUGCAGAGUUUGACAGUUGGCUUAAUGCUAAGCAGACUGCAGAGGUCAUCUAUGCCAACCCAUUCCUCUUUACAACCAGUUCAUUAGUUGUGUUGGCUGAUGUAACAGCACAUGGAGAGUUAGAGCAGGAAAGCGAGGGAGACUGAAGGAGAGAGAGAGGGGUGGUAAUUAUCUUGGGGGAAUAACGAUUUGUCCUGACAUUUUCUUACUUGGCGCAAUUUUUAUCUGCUCAAAGAUCCCUGAAGUCAGCACAUCAUAUAGACACAGAUGGCAGGACAAGAGCAUGCCAUUUCAGCCUUUGGAAGUAAUUCGCACUAAUGGGGUACACCAGCUCCUCGCUUCCCAUGAAAUGUCUUUAAACCAAUGUGGCAAUUAAAAAUAGUUUGCUUCUCUUUUCUUAACCAUGGGUCAAGACCGACAUUAGUGUCAAGCAUUGAAACAUAUGAGUUUUAAGACAAUGAAUGUUUGGGAUUCAAGGCUUAGGUGACAAGUGAGGUCAUUGUGAAAUACUUCAAGCGGUUGUAAGUUUGACUUGAUUUCAGUAUUAAAAACCCAACAGGUAAGUCAUCUGUUUCAAUUCUACGAGAAGUUGCUGUUUGCAACCACACAGUUGUACGCAAACCCUGCUACAUUUACAGUGCCUGUUUUAUUUUUCUUGCUAUUUUUUCUGAUGCAGUUUAUAGAUUUGUCAUUCUCCUCUGUAUACGUUUACAGAACCGUACUGAGCGUAGCUGGAGCAUUACACCCCACAUUUUACAAAAUGUUUUGAACAGAUUUCUGUAUUGCUCUUUAAAAUCAGAACGGCCUUACCGUCACAUAAAAUUUGAGAUAUGUAUUUUGAAUAUGUGCUUUGUGAGGAGGAUUACGGUCACUUUUAAAAAAUAUAUGGCGAACAGACGGACCUGUUGAAAAUUAAAUGCGUUCUCCUGGACUUUCUGAUCUAUGGGAAGUUUUCUUCACGACUUGUCAUGUUUUGAUCCUCCCCCUGCCAGCACACACAACUCCAUUGGCUAACGAAGACAGCUUUCAGAGAAUCCUCCUUGCACCAUUCAAGUUUUUAUACAUAAGAUUGUAAAAAUUAGUCCUCUACUGUUUUCAUAGAGUGUCUUUUUAUAUGAAAAUAAAUUUUCAA